AUGAAAUUGUAUAAAAUUAAUCUCCAUGACAACUAUAUCUAUUUAUUAUAUAAAAUAAAACACAAAUUUUCUUUUAUUCAUAAUAAACAUUUAUUAAAUGCUUGUCUUAGUGAAUUUAUUGGUACAUUUAUAUUAAUUACAAUUGGAUUAAGUAGUAUGAUACAUAAUACAUUAAAAUAUAAUUUAUAUUAUAUUAAUAUAUCAAUUGGUUGGUCUAUUGCAUUAUUAUUAUCACAAAUUAUAACUCAACCAUUAGGUUAUAAUAGUUUAAUGAAUCCAUCGAUUACAUUAUCAUUAGCAUUGAUUAAUAAAUUAUCAUUUCAUUAUGUAAUUCCAUUAACAAUUAUACAAUUAAUUAGUUCAUUAUUAUCAAGUUUAAUGAUAUAUUAUAUAUAUUAUUAUAAUUAUAUUAGUAUCCAUGACAACAUAAAAUUGAUUAUAUUAAAUCAAUUUAUAAUAACACCUAAUGGAUCACAUUUAAUAUGUUUUAUUGAUCGUUUAUUAUUAACUAUCAUGACAACAAUAUUUAUUUUAUUAAUAAGAGAUGAAAGAAAUGAUAAAAUACACAAAAAUUAUCGAUUAAUUUAUAUAAUUCUAUUUACAUCUGGACGAAUUACAUCCUUAUCAAUGAAUGCUGGUACAUCAAUUAAUCCAAUACGUGAUUUAGGUCCAAGAAUAACAAUUGCAUUAUGUGAAUUAGGUUUGGAUGCAUUCAAAAAAGAUCGUUAUUAUUUUUGGAUUCCAAUUGUAGCACCAUAUAUUGGUUCUAUUAUUGGUGCAAUCUUUUAUGAAUUAUUAAUUGGUGCUUAUUUAAAUAGAAAAACAGUUGAUAAAUUACAAAAUACUAUUGAAAUAUCACAAUCACGAAUCUUUUCAUCACCAUCAUCACCAUCAUCAUUAUCAUCAAGUAUGAAUUCAAAUGUAGCAACACUUACCUCGUCAAAUGAUACCAUUAAACGUUUUUAUAAUAAAUGAUUUAACAAUAAAUGGUUUAUUAAGUAUUAUCUCUUUCUGAUAUAGUGAAUGAGAACACAAGUUGCAUACUUACUUACUUACUUAAGACUGUUACUACCAAUGGAGCAUAGGCCACCGACCAGCAUUCUUCAAAACACUGAACUGGGUCUUCCCUUCUAGUUCCAUCCAAUUGUUAUUCAUUCUUUUCAUGUCUGUCUUCAUUUCUCGGCAUAAGGUGUUCUUUGUUCUUCCUCUUCUCCUUCGGUCUUGAGGAUUCCAUGUGAGGGCUUGUCUUGUAACGACGUUGGGUGCUUUCCUCAAUGUGUGUCCUAUCCACAUCCAGGACUUCUUCCUGAUUUCUUCCUCCUCUGGGAUCUGGUUUGUUCUCUCCCACAACAGGUUGUUAAUGAUAAUAUCUGACCAACGGAUCCGAAGUGUUUUGUGUAGACAACUGUUAAUGAACAUUUGUAUAUUCUGGAUGAUGGUUUUCGUAUUCCUCCAGGUUUCCACCCCAUACAGUGGAACUGUGUUGAUAUUUGUAUUGAAAAUUCUGAUUUUAGUGUUGAUUAACAGGCAGUUGUUUUGAGUUCCAGAUGUUUUUCAGUUGUAAGUGUGCUCCUCUUGCUUUUCCGAUCCGUUCCUUCACAUCUGCAUGAGAUCCACCGUGCACAUCAAUGAUGCUGUCCGGAUAUGUGAAUGUAUUUGCAUUUUCCAAAUCUUCUCCUUCAAGUGUAAUUCGAUUGGUGCAUGCUGUGUUCUAUCGGAGAAUCCUAAUUGUUGAGACCUACUGCCGCUGACGCUGCUGCUAUACUAGCCGUCUUCUCCUGCAUUUGUUUUUGCCUGUU